GUCGUUUUCUAGAACAAGACGCAACUUUAUUUCUGCGUCAGAUGAGUUUUGGCCUGAUUAGAAAACCGAGAUAUUUCGUUUUGUGAAAGUCGAAAUGGAUUCAGUUAUCCCGGAGGUGAAGUGUCUAAUGGAAGAUGUCGAGAAUUUCCUGAUUAUGGUGUUGAAAAAAGAAAAACUGAGCCGAGACACCAACAAAAAACGAGAUGAACUAAUCAAAAAAAUAACUUCACUGAAAAAAAGGAUGGAGACUGAAGAUAGGACAGAAGCAGUGACAGAAGAUAUAUAUGAUGAAGCAACGUCGCAGGAGACUGACACAAUUUCCCAAUGUGUCACAGAAAAUAGUACGGAUGACUCAAAAAGUGUUGAUGAUUGUCCCUAUGGCAAUAUUUCUAUAGUACCAUUAACACCUGCAAGUGAGUUACAACCAGCUGCAAAAGAAGGAAUGUUGGGGAAGAAGAGAAAAGAUGGACAGUUUGGUUUAACAAAAUGGCAGAAGCGAUGGUGUGUGGUUAAAGACAAUAUCUUUUAUUACUAUAAGAAGUCUACUGAUAAAGAACAACUGAAUGCAUUUUCACUCCUGGGUUAUGAGGCAAAAACAGCAAGCAAGAAAAAGAAAGAUUUCAGUUUUGAAUUAUCACAUUCCAAAGAGCGCUGUUUUAUGUUCAUUGCACCAAGUAAAGAUGACAUGGAUGACUGGAUUAAAUGCAUAAACAAUGUUGUUAACAAAUUAGAAAAUGCAGAUGCCAUAGCAACGGAAGAUGAUGAAACGUAUGAUAUACCAGAAGUAAAAGUUGAAGAAGAUGAUCAAGAUGUUUAUGAAAUACCGCAGGAAAAUGUUACUCCUGAACCUGCAAGCAAAAAGGUUGUCAUCAGAGAAGAACCUAAGCCAAUUAAACCAGUCAUACAAGAAGAAAUUCCAGAACCUAAGCCUUUGCCUGUCAUUGAGCGCAAGAAAAUCGGAGUCAUGCAGACUCGCAAUUGGAAACACGAUUAUGUGAAUAUAUUUGUUGCGAUGUGGGAUUGCAAAGGUGCCAAGGACGAUGAACUGAGUUUUAAACGUGGAGAGUUCAUUCAUAUCAUCAAUAAAUUAGAGGAGUUCUCUAGUUACAAAUGGUGGAUUGGGGAAACAAAGACAGACGUAGGGCUUGUGCCAUCAGAAUAUAUUAUGCAGGCAUACGAAAUCAGCUGA